UGAUAUCCCGGAAAAGUGUCUAGGAGUCAGACGUCUUCGGCUUAUCAGUCAUUCGCUGGACAUCCCGGAGUGAAGUCAGGAACAAGAGAACGUCGAGAUGUCUGGCCUGGUGACAGUGCUGGUGGCUAUAGGCCUGCUUACGUUCGUUGGGGGAAUAAUCUAUCGCCGACAAAGUGGCCGAUGUAAAAGCACGCGAAGGAUGGACGGAAAGACGGUCAUUGUUACUGGGGCUUCUGCAGGAAUCGGGCUCGCCACAGCCGAGGACCUAGCUCGCCGCGGUGCAAGGGUCAUCAUGGGUUGCAGAAACGCCGCCAAAUCCGCCAAAGUUGCACAGGAGAUCCGCGAGAAAACGGGAAACCAGGAUGUGCAAGUCACCGCACUGGACUUGUCUGACCUUGACUCCGUGAGAGCCUUCGCGCGGGAAUUCAAAAAAAAGGAAAAGCGGCUGGAUGUCUUGAUAAACAACGCAGGGGUGGGCAUCCCCGAUAAGAGACAGAGCAAGCAAGGGUAUGAACUGACCAUGGCUACGAAUCAUUAUGGUCAUUUCCUUCUAACAAAUCUCUUGCUUGACACACUAAAAGCCAGCGCUCCGAGCAGGGUGGUGAGUGUGUCCUCAGUGGCUCACAAGUACUGCUCCAAGGUCGACCUUGAUGAUCUUAAUUUUAAUAAGACUCCUUAUGCGGUGUUCCCAGCCUACGCGCUCUCCAAGCUCUGCAACAUUCUCUUCACGAAGGAACUUGCUCGCAAACUCAAGGGAACGGGUGUGGUGGCCAACAGCCUGCAUCCGGGAGUGGUCGCGACGGAGGUGUUCAACAAGGAGAACACGUGGCUGGGGGCCCUCCUCACCGUCCUCGUGGGGAUUGUAGGCAAGCAACGUGACGGGGGCGCACAAACCAGCAUCUUCCUUGCCGUCGCCGAGGAAGCACAAAACGUGUCUGGGAAGUACUUCGUGGACUGUAAGGAAAGCGAGUGUCAUCCAUCAGCCGAGGACGAGGGACUGGCGAAGAAGUUGUGGGAAGUCAGCGAACGCGACGUGAAGCUGCAGCCGGGUGAAAUGUUCUACUAAUGUUCUUCCUCUUAAUGAAUGGAACUGCAGAUAGCCUGUGUAUGGUAUACGUGGUCACGUCGUCGGCGUUUUCUGAAAGAUUUUUUUUUUUUUUUUUUUUUGCGUUUACUCACUUUUUCCCCGCAGUGCAUAAUGACCUUAAACAUUAAAUCUAUAUUUCAUCUGAGUAUCUUCUUUAAUUGGUUUUAUCGUGCAUAACAUUUCGUUUGCUGUAAAUGAAAAAAAAAAAAUCUGACUCAUACUCCUAUAUAAUUAGCUAUAUAUGCUUGAAACGUUUUUUUUUCAUUGGUUUCAUCUCUUGACCCAAUUAAAAAAAACAACAACAUCCCAUUUUGAGAAUUCAUUUCAUAUUGCCAGUGUUUACCCAUGACAGAACACAAAUGAUACGUUAAAUAUUAUAUAUUGUAACAGAUAUGUAGCAAUAAGCAGAAAAAUUAUCAAAAGGUCCUAAGGGUUAUGAAGUAGAUUGGUAUUAAAAAAAGUUAAAAAUCAGAAAUGGAUUAAUGUUCAACUGUUGACCUGCAGCCCUAAUAUGAAACCAAGGUACAUGACAGGCAAGGUGUUGCUAGUUCUUCUUUAAUCAACAAUGAAUAAUGUCAAGCAAUAUCAGGAGGUUAAAAUAUUUGCCAUAAAUGUUAUUUAAAUAUUACCAUAGAACGUUCUUCUCUCUAGUAAAAACAAUACAGAAAUAUGGAACAGUUCACAUGGGACAGCAGUCUAUGAGUAGUAAUCAAAGGAAAUAAAUGUGGUGUUCACAUAGGAAAACAGUGAUAAAACAAACACUCAAAGAUGUAGUAAAUGAUUAUGGGAAAAUUUAAACUGUUCAUAACUCAUCAAAAUUUUACAUAUUGGGAAAUCAAAUCAAG